AUGACAACAACCGUACCUUUAGCUUCAAACUCAUGGGAAGAAACACAACAGGCUUCGGAAGUGCAAAAACCUGGGAGUUUUUCUUAUGCAACACAGUCAGCAUUGAACGAGGAAACUAUGGAAGUCGAAGAAACAAAUGGAAAUAGCGUAAGUGAUAACAACAUUAAUAGUUCUGGACCUAUUACAAUACCGUUAUUAGGAAGUGGCUCGGGAGCUGGACAAACAAACAUUGCGCAAAGUGAUAAUAGAAAUAGUGGUGGAUACCCCCUUAGAAAAUCAUAUGGGAUCCGACAUGGGGCUGGCUACAAUAACAAUAACAGUGCACAAAGAGCAGUUUUUGAUGGAAAAAGAAUGAGGAAAGCAAUACAGAGAAGAACAGUUGAUUUUAACUGUUCAAUUGGCAAAUUUUUGCAGGCAAGCUUCAACAAAGAUCGCAUAUGGAUGAGGGAUCAUAGAGACAUGAAAUUUCUGCGACCUAAACCGAAUUUCAUUAUAGAUCUUCUUCCACCUUCAGCGUAUUUACACAAUCCGGUUAAUGCAAUCGCUACAAAAUAUGUACAUACUUCGACAAACAAAAAUCGAUAUCCUGUUAAUGUGGUUCGGUGGACACCUGAGGGCAGGAGACUUAUUACAGGACUGUCUAGCGGAGAAUUCACAUUAUGGAAUGGAUUAACGUUUAAUUUCGAAACAAUAUUACAGGCGCAUGAAUCGGCAGUACGAGCGAUGAAAUGGUCUCAUAACGAUAAUUGGAUGGUAACAGCUGAUCAUAAAGGUAUUAUAAAAUACUGGCAAUCCAACAUGAAUAAUUUGAAGAUGUUUGAAGGUCAUAAAGAAGCAAUUCGAGAUCUAUCUUUUUCUCCUACCGAUACGAAAUUCGCCACUUGUUCCGAUGAUGGAACCAUCAAGAUCUGGGAUUUUAACGAAGGCAUCGAAGAAAAAGCAUUAUCUGGGCAUGGAUGGGAUGUCAAGGCGGUUGACUGGCAUCCGCACAAAUCACUUCUAGCAUCUGGGUCUAAAGACAAUUUAAUCAAAUUUUGGGAUCCCAAGUCCGGAAAGAAUGUGGAUACUCUGCAUGGACACAAAAACACAAUCCUUGGUUUACAAUGGAAUAGAAAUGGGAAUUGGUUAGGAACUGCUGCCAGAGAUCAAUUAGUUAAAGUAUAUGAUAUUAGGAUGAUGAAAGAUUUACAGACUUUUCGUGGGCAUAAUAAGGAAGUUUGUUUCCCGACAGCAAUAUCAUGGCAUCCUUUCCAUGAAAGACUAAUGGUAACGGGUGGUUCAGAUGGGUGCUUGAUGUUCUGGAUUGUUGGACAAGAUUCUUUAGUAGAGGCGGUUGAAUUUGCUCAUGAUCAAAAUGUUUGGUCACUUGAUUGGCAUCCAAUUGGUCACAUAUUAGUUUCUGGUUCGAAUGAUCAUUCGACAAGAUUUUGGACAAGAGCGCGACCUGGUGAUACGGUACAAGACAAGUACCAUGUUGGUAGACAGAGAGCCGAAGAACUUGGAUUGAAAGAUGUUGACAAUGAUGACUUUGUUCCUGGCCUAACAUUCAGUAAUGGUGGUUUGAUGAGUGGAUUCCUACCAGUGCCCAUGAAUCCCUAUUCAGUAAGACCGGAUCUAAUGCAACUAUCGCAAUCGUCGCAACCUGACCAAAAACAAGAACCACUUACACCACCGAAAAUCUUUGAUGUUACUGAUAUUUCAUAUGUAUCAUCCACUAACGACAUCAAAGUAGAUGAGUUACCUGGACUUGGAUUAUUGAAUAAUAAUCAAUCUAUGAAUCAAAUACCACCUGGUUUAAAUUUAAAUUUAAAUUCUUCACCUCCAGGUCUUAAUAGAAGUCAGCCAGGAGGCGCACCUCGUCAAAAUUUCGGUCAGCAGAGACCAUUGACCAAUGCUUCACUUUCGCAAUCGCAACAAUUUCAACAAAGACCUCCCUAUCAUCAGCAAGGUCCUACACAAAAUCAAGGAGGAUAUACUAACAGUGAUCAACAACAACGUCCCCAUUGGAUGACACAACAACAGCAGCAACAAGGUGCAGGACCUGGUGGGAGAGGUUUUACACGACACGGGGCACAGCAACAGGGAGGUCAACGUUGGAAUGGCCAACAAGGCGGAGGUUAUCAACAACAAUAUGGACAAAAAAGAUGGAAAUGA